CCGCCACCGAUCAGCAUGGCUGUCCGCCCUCGCCAUCACUAGUCGCAAUCGCGAUUGAUUAAUGCCCCGCGACUUCCAAUGCAGCGUCGGGCGCUACGAGGGCCCAGCUCUCCUUCGGAGAUCUCCCGGCUUAUCCUAGCCAAUGGAUGCCCUAGAUGGGGACAAAUUUUGCAGGGCCGUCCAGGUUGAAGAACGACUAGCGAACGGAGUUAUGCAUGGGUCGCAAGCUGGUCCAAAUCCCGCUGAAAACUAAAAGUGGAAGAGUCAUGAUAGAUAAGCUGGCUGCUGCCAACUCUUUCCCCUCAGAAAUGUAGCCCAACGUCUUCCUCGGAAUAUGCCACUACGCUUGCAACUGUCGCAUCUGUUCUUCGAUCGCUCGCGUGUGCAUCAUGGAUCCCAAAUAUUCCGACACGGUUGUCGUUGAGAGCCACCAUGGUAAGGUCGAAAGCACGCGGGAAGCCCAAGGUUACGCGGAUCUCGACCCGGAAGAAUUGAAGGCUCUCGAGACUCGAAUCCGAUGGAAGACCGAUUUGCGCCUCUGCACCAUUGCUGGUAUCUUGUGCAGUCUCAAUCUGCUUGAUUCCGGCAUCUUGUCAUCAGCCUCGGUUACCAGCAUGCCCGACGACCUUGAUCUUGUUGGCACGCGAUACUCCGUCUCGGUCUUCAUCUUCACCAUCGCCAGUAUCGUCUUCCAGCUGCCAUCGACCAUCGCAGUCCGCUGGGUCGGGCCACGCAUCUGGUUCGCAUGCAUUGCCUUCGCCUUCGGACUGAUCACAAUGUGCACGGCCUUUAUCCACACCUGGAAGGAGAUGAUCGCCCUCCGCGUGCUCCUGGGUAUGUCCAUGUCGGGAAUUUACCCGGGUCUGACCUAUCUCAUCAGCGCCUGGUACCCGCGGCGGGAGCAGCAGCUGCGAUUCGCCCUGAUGCAGUCGGGUGAAGUCAUCGGUCUCGCGACAGGUUACAUCGUGAACUACGGCCUAGAAUUGUUGGAUGGAAGAGCAGGCAUGCAAGGCUGGCGCUGGAUGUACCUCGUGCAGGGCCUCAUUAGCUGUGUCAUUGGAAUAGCCACCUACUGGUGGAUCGUCGACUUUCCAGAGAAUGCGCAUCGCAGCUUUUGCUUCAUGUCCGAGCUGGAGGCCCGUGUCGCUGCUCAGCGCAUCAAGGCAGACCGCGAUGAUAUCGUCCCGGACCCGUUCUCAUGGCGCAAGGUUCUCGCACCCUUCGCCGACCCGAAACUGUACGGCUUUGCCUGCAUGUACUUCCUGUUGAACCUGGUAUCAACUGCGUUGAACUAUUUCCUCCCCAUGAUUCUCGAGGAUGGCAUGGGGUUCUCGAGCAACGCUUCAAUUCUCCUGUCCACGCCGCCAUAUUACUGGGCUGUCAUCCCCGUCAUCUUCACCUCCUUCGUCGGAGACAGACUCCGCAUCCGCGGCCCCCUCAUCGCCUUCAACGCCCUCUGCCUCAUCGCCGGGUUCCUCAUGUUCGGCCUCCCGUCAUCCACGCAAGUCACCGUCCGAUACAUAGGAACGUUCCUCGCGACAGGAGCAUACGUCUCCAACUGGGCAGCUCUGAACGCCUUUAUGGCCAAUAACGUGGUUGGCCAAUGGAACCGCGCGACCACAGCGGCGGCAGUGUCAGCCUGUAAUGGCCUGGGCGGUGUUGCGGGUAGCUACAUUGUACGACAGCAGGAAGCACCGCGAUAUGAGACGGCAGUCUGGGUGUCUAUCGGAUCCCAUAUCCUAAUGAUAGCUCUAGUGUGCGUUUUCACCUUGUUUUUCUGGCACCUCAAUCGGCAGCAGAAGCACAAGGGAAGGCUUAUCCAGAAUAUGGUAUGUCUUGCUUAUGAGGCUAUUGAUAGAAAUUUUUCUACUAAAAAGAGUGUUGCAGGUCGGAUUCCGCUAUACUUACUAAUUACUGUUUCUGGUUAUAUACGGCAAGGCCAUAUUAGAACUAAAGGAGAUAUACAUAGUUAUACGAUGAUGACUCAAGAUCAGUGAUGAAGAUGAACGUGCAGGAUUGAUAGAAUUUACCAGUAGUACUAGC